AUGGCUUCAUCGCUGGCUGGACCAGGAAACUGGACCCGUCCAGUUUACUUUGUCAUUGCUGAACGCACGGAAGUGAUCUCCCAAGGAGCCAUAAUUGCCAUCUGCCUGGUGGUCGUGGCCAUCGUGGCCGCAGCUGCUGCAGCCAUGUGCUUCAUCUACCAGAAGAAGAAACGAAACCCGGAGGUUCCCAAUGGGCUUCUUUACUCUUCAACUAAUCCAGAAUAUGUCAGUUCAGUGUAUGAACCCGAUGAAUGGGAAGUGCCCCGCGAGUCCAUUCAAGUGGUAAAGGCAUUGGGCCAGGGCUCUUUUGGCAUGGUCUACGAGGGGCUCAUCUACAAUUUGAAGCCGGAAAAACCAGAGACGAGGUGUGCCAUAAAGCUGCUGGGUGCAACCGCGGAAUGA